AUGUCGUACAUUGGACCUAACGUUCUCUUAACCGGAGCAAACCGAGGAAUUGGAUUUGGUUUGGUGCAAAGACUCCUGGAGCGAGAAGAUGUGAAACAAAUCUUCGCUGGUGUCAGAAAUCCGGAGAAAGUUGAGGUACAGUCUUCAACUUCGCGUGUUUACCGCACAAUGUCAUGAUAAAGUUAGAUUUUUCCAGGCUCUUCAAAAGCUUGCACACGCUGACCAGAGAAUCAGAAUUUUAAGACUUGAUUGUCUCGAUGAUGGCCAAAUUGAGGCUGCUGUAAAAUAUGUGGAGUCCAAAGUUGGAGAUGAAGGGCUAAACUUGUUGAUCAACAAUGCCGGGAUUCUUAUGCCGGAAGAAACGGUUAUUACGAAGCCAGACAGAAGAGCCCUGUCUUUGGUCUUCGAAACAAAUGUAACUUCAUGCAUUAUGAUUCAGGCGGUGAGUUUGAAUAAAAUAUAUUUUAAAAUGAUGUCUGACGACGAUAAUUCAACUGAUUUCACUCUUAAUCUAUCACAGGCCUUCCUGCCUCUCCUAAAUCAAGCUGCUAAGUAUUUCAACCGCCCGUCGAAACUCCUCAACGUAAGCUCUGAGCGAGGAUCAUCCGAAGACCUCAAUUCUUCCAUUCCUCCUUGGGAUGACUUUGCCGUUGCUUACUCUUCUUCGAAGGCUGCAUUAAACAAUGUUACCAAGCAAAUUGCAACUAUAGAAGAUGCCAAGAAUAUCAUCGCUUUGGCCAUGUGUCCGGGAUGGUGUAAAACCGAUAUGGGAGGGGAAGCUGGACGGUUUACGGUUAAAGAAUCCACUACAACUAUGAUAAAUACUAUCGCAAAGGCUGGGAAGGAUGACAGUGGAAGAUUUGUGAAUCGAUUUGGAGAGAAAAUAAAUUACUGA